AUGGCCGAGUUGAUGGCCGAGUUGAUGGCCGAGUUGAUGGCCGAGUUGAUGGCCGAGUUGAUGGCCGAGUUGAUGGCCGAGUUGAUGGCCGAGUUGAUGGCCGAGUUGAUGGCCGAGUUGAUGGCCGAGUUGGUGGCCGAGUUGGUGGCCGAGUUGGUGGCCGAGUUGAGUAUCGACGAUUUUCUGCUGUUCGGUCGUUAUGGCUUGUUGCUUGCGAUUUUAAUUGAGUUUGUGAUGAUCGUUGAAUGUGGAAAUUUGUUGUUUAUGACAUUUGCAGGUGCUGACGCUGAAAUAAUCUCUUGUCACAGUGAUUCACCUGAAACAAAUGUCACUUAUUCAUCUGAUGAUUAUUGCGCAAUGUUCAAUCAAGACGAUUGUCCUGAUUCUAAAUUUCAUUAUGAUUUUCGUUCGGUAAACGUUGAGUGGAAACUCCUCUGCGAUAAGAAAGAAAGAGUCAAGGACAGCACGUCAUAUCAAAUGAUUGGCGCUUUGCUGGGCUCUGUCAUUUGGGGUCGAGCCUCGGAUCGUUUCGGUCGUCGCCCAGCCAUGCUCGUCACAUUGAUAUUUACCGGGAUAGCAUAUGUUUCACAUUCGUGGAGAGCUUUCGCCAUCAUCAUCAGUGUGGCCACCAUACCGGCCAGUCUCAUUAUGGCCUUUCUAGAUGAGACACCGCACUUUUUGUUGAGAAACGGAAAACCCAACGAGUCGAUGAAAGUUCUCGAGCGGAUACAUAACAUAAACAGACAUGAGGUAGAUGUUAAAGCACUUGGCGAGGUGUUUCGAGAGAAGAAACAACAGCUUGAGGUUGGCACUUCUGAAUAUCGAUUCAAAUGGCUUGGAAGAAAAAUAAGUCAUCACAUUUUCUGCGUUAUCACCAUGAUUUUCUUGUUUGCUUCGAUGAUUGGAGAUCUCACAAAUGCUCCAAGUUUAUUUUCCCGAAUCUUUCUUCUAACUACAGCCGCCAUCGUUGUGCAGCUCUUUGCCGUGCUUGGCAUCAUUUGUAAUGAGAGUGCUCAUCGGAACUCGAUCAAAGCGUUGCAUCGACGCGGGCUUUUGACACUUCGUUCAAAGUAUCGCUCCGAUUCUCGCCCCGCAUCUCUAUUCAGUGUCAGGAAGCCACAAAUGGCUUCCACCUGUAAUCAUGCUCGC